ACAGGUUGACAGGCAUAACUCUCCAUGGGAGAAGGAAACCAGACCUUUGUGACUGAGUUCAUCUUGCUGGGCCUCUCACAGGACUUGCAGACCCAGAUCCUGCUGUUUAUUCUUUUUCUCAUCAUUUAUCUGUUGACUGUGCUUGGAAACCUGCUGAUCAUCAUUCUCAUCUCCGUAGAUUCUCGACUCCACACGCCCAUGUACUUUUUUCUUAGAAACCUCUCCUUCGCAGAUCUCUGUUUUUCUACUAGCAUCGUCCCUCAAGUGUUGAUCCACUUCCUGGUAAAUACGAAAACGAUUUCUUUUUUGGGGUGUAUGACCCAGAUCAUUGUCUUCCUUCUGGUUGGCUGUACAGAGUGCGCUCUGCUGGCGGUGAUGUCCUAUGACCGCUAUGUGGCUGUCUGCAAGCCCCUGCACUACUCCGCCACCAUGACACAACAGGCGUGCCUCCAGCUGGCCAUAGCAUCCUGGGCCAGUGGCGCAUUUGUGUCUCUGGUGGACACCACCUUUACCUUCCAACUUCCCUAUCGAGGACAGAACAUGAUCAAUCACUACUUUUGUGAGCCUCCUGCACUCCUGAAGCUGGCUUCGGCAGACACCUACGGCACAGAAAUGGCCAUCUUCGCAAUGGGUGUGGUCAUCCUCCUGGCACCCGUCUCCCUGAUCCUGGUGUCCUACUGGCGCAUUGUGUCCACGGUGAUCCAGAUGCAGUCCGGGGAGGGGAGGCACAGGGCUUUCUCCACCUGCGGCUCCCAUCUCAUUGUCGUUGUCCUCUUCUACGGCUCAGGAAUAUUCACCUACAUGCGGCCAAACUCCAAGGCCACGAAAGAGCGGGAUAAGGUGAUAUCUGUGUUCUAUACAGUGGUGACACCAAUGUUGAACCCCAUCAUUUAUAGCCUGAGAAACAAGGAUGUCAAAGGGGCCCUCAGGAAACUAACGGGAAGAAAGCCUCUUUCUCAGAGGCAGUGA